AUGGCUUCUUCUCUGCUACCCCUUUUGCUAUGCUCACUGAUUCUACUACCCUUUUGUGUUCUAGCCCAAACCAGAAGCCAGAUAAACGUUGGGGAUUCUCUUAAAGCAGAAUCUAGCAACUCCACAUGGGUAGUUUCACCUUCUGGUGACUUUGCCUUUGGCUUUCUACCACUCACAGACACUGAUCUUUUCAUUCUUUGCAUUUGGUAUGCAAAGAUUCCAGACAAAACCAUAAUCUGGUAUGCUAACACAGAUAAUCCUACACCAAAGGACUCAAAAGUUGAGCUUAAUGCUAAUGAUGGGUUAGUGCUUACUGCUCCUGAUGGUAACCAGUUAUGGAAGACACAAGGCCUUAGUGUUGGGGUUGCUAAUGGUGUCAUCAAUGACACUGGCAACUUUGUUCUUCGGGAUGGUAACUCCAACAGUGUGUAUGAGACUUUCAAGGAUCGUAGAGACACCUUGUUGCCCUCUCAGAUUCUUGAAAAGGGUGGAAAGCUUUCUUCUAGACUUAUGGAGACAAAUUUCAGUAAAGGAAGGUUUGAGCUUGUUUUUCAAAAUGAUGGUAAUCUUGUGAUGCAUUCUAUAAAUUUACCAUCUGGAUAUGCUAAUGAAAACUAUUAUGAAAGCAAAACUGUUGAGUCCAAUACAUCAAGUCCUGGAACUCAAUUGGUCUUUGAUAGUUUUGGGAACAUAUAUAUUUUGAGAAAGAACAAUGAAAAAUACAAUUUUUCAGAAGUGAGUGGAGUCUCUACCACUCAAUUUUAUCUUAGAGCAACUCUUAAUUUUGAUGGGGUGUUCACACUCUAUCAACAUCCAAAGAGUUCCUCCGGGAAUCAAGGUUGGACCUCAAUAUGGUCUCAACCAGAUAAUAUCUGUAGUUACAAUGUUAAUUCAGGUAGUGGAGUUUGUGGAUACAAUAGCUUUUGUACCUUGGGAGAUGAUAAGAGACCAACAUGUCAGUGCCCAAAAAGGUACUCACUACUUGAUCCUAAUGAUCCAUAUGGUAGCUGCAAACCAGAUUUCAUAAUGGGAUGUGCAGAAGAUGAACUUAGCAACAGGCAAGAUCUCUAUGAGUUUGAGGUUUUGAUCAAUACUGAUUGGCCUCUUGCAGACUAUGUGCUUCAAAGUCCUUUCACUGAAGAUGAAUGCAGACAGUCUUGUAUGGAAGAUUGCAUGUGUGCUGUUGCAAUUUUCAGGUUAGGUGAUCACUGCUGGAAGAAGAAGUUGCCACUUUCAAAUGGGAAAGUUGAUGCUACACUUAAUGGUGCUAAGGCCUUUAUUAAAGUGAGGAAAGAUAAUUCCUCCUUUGUUGUUCCUACAAUCAUUGUGAACAAGAAUAGGAGCACUUUGAUUAUGGUUGGAUCUUUCCUUUUGGGUAGCUCAGCUUUUCUCAAUCUCAUAUUGAUUGUUGCAAUAUGCUUGAGCACUUCCUUCAUUUUUCAGUACAAGAAGAAGCUUAGAAGAGUUAGCAAAAGUGACACUGUUGCUGAAACCAAUUUGCGUUGCUUCACUUAUGAGGAGCUUGAAGAAGCUACCAAUGGAUUUGACAAGGAGCUAGGAAGGGGUGCUUUUGGUAUUGUUUAUGAAGGAGUAAUAAACAUAGGUUCCACAACUCGUGUGGCAGUUAAAAAGUUGAACACUUUUCUCUUGGAUGAGGUUCAGAAGGAAUUCAAGAAUGAACUGAAUGUCAUUGGUCUCACACAUCAUAAGAACUUGGUUCGUUUGCUUGGAUUUUGUGAGGCUGAAGAAGAACGGUUACUAGUUUAUGAGUACAUGAGCAAUGGCACUUUAGCAAGUUUUCUUUUCAAUGGGGAAAAACCAAGUUGGAAACUUAGAUUACAAAUUGCAUUUGGUAUUGCUAGAGGACUUAGAUAUUUACAUGAAGAGUGCAACACCCAAAUCAUCCAUUGUGACAUAAAGCCUCAAAACAUUCUCCUUGAUGAUUACUUUAAUGCAAGGAUUUCUGACUUUGGAUUGGCUAAGCUUUUGAAAAUGAACCAAAGCAGAACCAAUACUGGCAUAAGGGGAACAAAAGGGUAUGUUGCAAUUGAAUGGUUUAGAAACAUGCCUAUCACAGCUAAAGUGGAUGUGUAUAGCUAUGGGGUAUUGCUACUUGAGAUAAUAGCAUGCAGAAAAAAUGUAGAAAUGGAGAUAGAAAAUGAAGGGAAAGCAAUCCUAACUGAUUGGGCUUGUGACUGCUAUGCAGAUGGUAAUUUGGCUGCCUUGGUUGAGAAUGACAAGGAAGCAUUGGAUGAUAAGAAGAACUUGGAGAGGUUGGUAAUGAUUGCCAUUUGGUGUGUUCAAGAGGAUCCAUGUCUUAGACCCACCAUGGGAAAUGUGACACAAAUGCUUGAAGGUGUUGUUGAAGUGCAAGUUCCACCAUGCCCCGCACCUAUUAGUAUUCAAUAUUCUCUAGAUUAAUCAGUUGGUGCUAGUCCUUGGUAUGUUAUCUUAUGUCUGUGUAUUCAGUUUUAGCUUUAUGUUUGUUCCUUCAGCAUUAGCACUAUAAGUUUAUAAAUAGUGAGAGCAAUUAUGAAUCUGUUUAUGAUGCUCAUAAAACUUUGAUACAUGUACCUCAAUUUAUGUUAAUAUACUCUAUGUAAACUACAUCUGAGAGAUAUAAUAUAAAAUUAUUAA